AUGAGUACUUUGAGCUGGAACUGUCAUGGCUUGGGUGAUCCACGAACAGUUCGGGAAGUGCUGGAUAUGGCAUCCAGGAAGAAGCCCGAUUUUAUUUUCGUGAUGGAAACGAAGGUUGGUAGAGAACAUGCUGAGCGGUUACGUGUGAAGUUGGGGUUUCAGGGUCUGUUCUAUGUGGAUAGUAGGGGCUUGAGUGGUGGCUUGGCCUUGUUGUGGAAAACGAAUGAUACGGUUAGUCUGCUAAGUUAUUCCAGAAACCAUGUUGAUGUAGUUAUACGGAUUGAUGGUUUUGCGCACUGGAGGAUCACGGGAUUUUAUGGUUUCCUGGAUCGUAGUGAUAGAGAGGAGUCAUGGAAUCUUUUAAGACACUUAAGGUCUCGCUCUACGCUGCCUUGGGUGGUUUUGGGGGAUUUCAAUGACUUGUUCUUCCAGUAUGAGAAGAGGGGACGUUUUCGGCAUCCUGAAUCUUUAUUGAGGGGUUUUGGGGAAGCGCUGGAGGAUUGUGGUUUGGGGGAAGGCACUGUGGCUUGGGUGGAUGAGAAGUUAGACAGGGUUGUGGCGUGUGAUGAAUGGCGGGGGGUGGUGGAGGGUGCAAGGGUCUAUAAUAUACUCACUAGGAGAUCGGACCAUUCGUCUCUAUUCCUGGACAUUCGGCCAGGUGUGGGGAUCCGAGUAGGGCCUCGACAGUUUCGCUUUGAGAUGGCCUGGUUGCUGGAUGAGGGCUGUAGGGAGGUGGUAGAGGAGGCGUGGGGACAUGGGGUGGAGGAUUUGCAGACCCGAUUGGAGAGGUGUGGUAUGAGGCUUCAGAGUUGGGGCGGUGAUCGUUUCCAUAAGUUUGGUGAGUGGAUCGCUAGUUUCAAGAAACAACAUAUGAGUUGUCGGGGCCGUCUGAGCCCUCAGGCGUUAGAGGAUUUUUGCCGUCUAGAAACUGAAUUGGUGAGGCUUGAGAAGCAAGAGGAUGUAUUUUGGAGGCAAAGAGUUAAGCAGCACUGGCUUCGUGGGGCGGAUGCAAAUACUCGUUUCUAUUACAGGUAUGCUUCUGCCCGUAAACGUAAGAAUACUAUUUUACGCCUUAAAGAAGAUUUGGGUGGAUGGGUAGAUGGUGAUGCAAUGAAACCGGUUGUAAUGAAUUAUUUUAAUGACAUUUUUACUGCUAAUCCGGUUGUGAAUGAUGGGGCAAAUUUUUUUGCCUCUAUCCACACUCGUGUUACUCAGUCCCAUAAUGAUUGGUUGAAUCGGCCUUAUGAUCUAGGGGAGGUAAGGGAUGCUUUGUUUGCUAUGUUUUCAGACAAGGCCCCGGGUCCGGAUGGAAUCAAUCCGGGCUUUUAUCAGAAAUUCUGGGAUGUUGUUGGGACAGAUGUCACUGGUUUUGUGCUGGAGUCUUUAAAUACGGGGUCUUUGCCAGUUGGCCUUAAUGAGUCGAAUAUUGUGCUUAUUCCUAAAACGCAGUCCCCAGAGUUGGUAACUGAUCUGUGUCCGAUCGCCCUGAGUAAUGUUGUGUAUAAGGUAGUUGCGAAAGUUAUUGCUAACCGUAUGAAGCCCCUGUUGGGUGAUAUUAUUUCUGUUUCGCAAAGUGCUUUUAUCCCUGGCAGGUUGAUAACGGAUAAUAUUUUGGUUGCUGCUGAGGUGGGCCAUUUCCUGAAUAGGAAACAGUUGGGAAAGGUGGGAUUGGGAACCCUGAAGUUAGAUAUGACGAAGGCUUACGAUAGAAUGGAGUGGUCGUUCUUGAGGAAGAUGAUGUUGGCGUUGGGCUUUCAGGCAAAUGUUGGUGAGGCACAGGCGAUCAAACGGUUUCUCUCAUUUUAUGAGGAGCUCUCUGGCCAGACCAUUAAUUAUCAUAAAUCAAAUAUUUGUUUUAGUAGAAAUACUCAGCAAGCAGAUAGGGAUAUGGUGGCUGCAGCUUGCCGGCUUUUGCCGGUGUUUGCAUAUGUGGGGGAUAAGGUGAGACAAAGAAUAGGCUCCUGGAAUAAGAAACUUCUGUCACGGGCAGGGAAAGAAGUUUUAUUGAAAUCUGUGGCUCAAGCAAUGCCAACUUUUACUAUGAGUGUGUUCCUGUUGCCUGAUUCUUUGUGUAAAAAUCUGGAGCGUGUUAUGAAUAGAUUCUGGUGGCGUAAUGGGAUGGAUGGAGGUGGAAUUCAUUGGCUUGCUUGGUUGGGCUUCAAGGAUUUGAGAGUUUUCAAUAUAGCUAUGUUGGGCAAGCAGGGUGAGAGGUUUCUGACUAAUCCGCAAUCGUUGGUAGCAAAGGUGUAUAAAGCCAGGUACUACCCAAAUUCUGAUUUUUUGAAUGCCUCUGUUGGAAAUAAUCCAAGCUUUUGUUGGAGGAGUAUUAUGGCUGCACAGGGCUUGAUUACUCGCAAUAUCAGGCGUAGGAUUGGGAAUGGUAAUACCACGUUGGUAUGGGGUGAUCCGUGGUCAAUAGGGGAUUCUGAACCAAGGAUUGUGUCGGAUAAACCCCCUCAUUUGGGGGAGGUUAAAGUGUCUGGAUUAAUAGACCCCGCAUCCUCUACCUGGGACAUUCCUUUACUUAAUGAGUUAUUUUCACCCGGAGAUGUAGAUCGGAUUUCUACAAUACCAAUUAGUCCUGCCUUUGAUGAUAUGUGGUAUUGGCAUGGGGACUCCAAAGGAAUUUACACAGUGAAAAGUGCUUACCGUGAUUUAAUGGGGACCGUUAUUGUGCCCCCCAGUGGCUUCUCAUCUUGGAAUAAAAUUUGGAACCUGAAGGCACCCCCUAAGUGGAAAGUUUUCUUGUGGAGAGCCGUGAGGGGAGUGUUUCCCACCACUAUGAAUUUAUUCAAUAGGAGGGUAGAAGUCCCAUUAGCAUGCCCUUUGUGUGCUCUAUGUUCUGAAAAUGUUUUACACUCUUUGGUACAAUGUGAUUAUUCUAAAUGUGUGUGGAAUGUUUCGGGUUUAAUAGUGCAGAAUACGGUGGGAGAUGAUUUUGGUGCAUGGCUUCAGUUGGUAUUGCAAAAUGUUGAUGAGAAUCAAUUCACUUCUAUGGUGGCCAUUAUGUACCAUAUUUGGUUGCAACGGAACUCGGCGGUAUGGGAGUUCAAGGUGGGAAGGCCACGGCAGGUGCAUGCAAUGGCGUUGGCAUCUCUUCACGCGUGGCGUGCGGCUACGAAUGGUCCAGGUCAGCAGCAGCAGUCUGCUGCAUCCAGUGCCGCUGCUGGGCAGUCGCCCUCGGCGCUACAAUGCUCCUUUGAUGCGGCUUUCUCGGCCGCGACAAGGAGAGGGGCUUUUGGCCUUGUGUUGUAA